CCUCCGGCGUGACGUCGGGCGGUGCGCGGCGACUGGCGCCCCCGGGGCAGAACCCCUUCGUGCACGAGCUGCGGUUGAGCGCCCUGCAGAAGGCCCAGGUGGCCUUCAUGACGCUGACGCUCUUCCCCCUCCGGCUCCUGUUUGCCGCCUUCAUGAUGCUGCUGGCCUGGCCCUUCGCACUGGUGGCCUCCCUGGGGCCCGCUGACAAGGAGCCCGAGCAGCCCUUGGCCUUGUGGAGGAGGGCUGUGGACCUGCUGCUCAAGGCCAUCAUGCGCACCAUGUGGUUCGCUGGCGGCUUCCACCACGUGGUGGUGAAGGGGCAGCGGGCGCCGCCCACCGAGGCCGCCAUCCUGACGCUGGCACCGCAUUCGUCCUACUUCGAUGCCAUCCCUGUCACCAUGACCAUGUCCUCCAUCGUGAUGAAGGCGGAGAGCAGAGACAUCCCAAUCUGGGGAACUCUGAUCAGGUACAUCCGGCCCGUGUUCGUGUCUCGGUCAGACCAGGACUCUCGCAGGAAGACGGUGGAAGAGAUCAGGAGGCGGGCACAGUCGGCUGGCAAGUGGCCACAGAUAAUGAUUUUUCCAGAAGGAACGUGUACAAAUAGGACCUGCUUAAUUACCUUCAAACCUGGUGCCUUCAUCCCUGGUGUCCCUGUCCAGCCUGUGGUGCUGCGAUACCCGAACAAACUGGACACCAUCACAUGGACCUGGCGAGGACCCGGAGCGUUGAAAAUCCUGUGGCUCACCCUGUGCCAGUUUCACAACCAAGUGGAAGUUGAGUUCCUCCCCGUGUACAACCCUUCUGAGGAGGAGAAAAGGAACCCUGCACUGUACGCCAGCAACGUGCGGCGCGUCAUGGCCGAGGCCUUGGGCGUCUCCGUGACUGACUACACGUUCGAGGACUGCCAGCUGGCCCUGGCCAAGGGACAGCUCCGCCUGCCCGCUGACACCUGCCUGUUGGAGUUCGCCAGGCUGGUGCGGGGCCUCGGGCUAAAGCCUGAAAAGCUUGAGAAGGAUCUGGAUAAAUAUUUGGAAAGUGCCCAGGUGCAGAGCCGGGAGAGGCUGGGCCUGCCGGGGUUCGCCGCCUUCCUGGGGGUCCCCGUCUCGGACUCACUGGAGGAACUCUUCUCGCUCUUUGACGAGAGAGGAGACGGCCAGGUGGACCUGCGGGAGUACGUGGUCGCCCUGUCAGUGGUGUGCCGGCCAUCCCAGACUCUGGACACCCUCCAGCUGGCAUUUAAGAUGUACGGGUCACCUGAGGACGGCGGUGUAACCGAGGGUGACCUGUCCUGCAUCCUGAAGACUGCCCUGGGUGUGGCAGAGCUUACUGUCACCGACCUGUUCCAGGCCAUCGACGAGAAGGGGAAGGGGACAGUCACAUUUGCCGACUUCACCAGGUUUGUGGACUCGCACCCCGACUUCGCAGAGGAAUAUCUGUACCCCGACCAGGCGCGACACACGCACUGCACACAGACCCCGCCCGGGCCGACCCCCAACGGCUUCUGUGCCGACUUCAGCCCCGACAGCUCGGGCUUCGGGAGGGAGCCUUGUUGUAAGAAACUGGACUAGGACAGAGGACCCGGAGGCCGUGGCUCCCUGCCACCCUUGCCUCCCAUGGCCCGGGACACCUGGGUGCCCUCUCCUGUCGUACCCUGAGCCUUCGCGCUGCACGCCCAGGCCCCGGGGACUUGGGCUGUUGCUCUGUCCCCUUGUGAGCAGCCUGUGUCGGGAGCCCAGCCAUGGAGGGAGCUGCGUGGGGCCAGCUGGGGGCCGCAGGUGGCCUCACCUAGAGCACCAGGUCCUAUGCGUGUCCCCUUCUCUGCGCAUGGCACAUUCGGGGAGUGGCCCACGCGUGGUCCCAGACCUCUGCCCGCCUCGCGGGCUGCAGCUGGCAGUGCUGUCACCGACACACGGUCCACUGUGUGGGAGCUCCUGGUCUUUUAUAAACUUCAUUUAGGUACUUUGGAACACAUUCAGCAUUUUUUUAAAAAAGAGAAAAUUGUUUUUCUACUUCAUUUUUCUUGUUGGGUCAGAGCCUAUUUGUUUACCAGCCCUUUUUUGAUAGACGCCAACUCGCACCUCGGUGACAUUUCUAGCAACCUCUCCCAGGAAAGCCCCUCAGGCCUGUGGGGAGGCUUGGCCACUGGCGUCCGGCCCCAGGACACCUCUUCUGCUUUCCUUAAUCCUUUUAAAAUCCCCUUUUUUUAUAAAGUUACCAGUUUGGUGUUUCUGUUUGAAUAUAGUGAGAUCCAUGUCAUCAGAGCUUAACCUCCGGUCACAGCCGCGCUCACUGGUAAAUGAACCAGGCAGAAGGGGAGCCGGAGUGGUCAGUUCAUCUCGAGUCCUCCCUCUCCUCCUGGAGCAGCUGACACUCCAGGCCUGGCAGGGAGGUCCCCUGUCCCUGGCCUCUCCCCCUUGGCUUGGUUUCUGUGGUGACUUGGGGCACCGCAGAGCCCCCGAGUGUGGCUCACCCGCCGUGGCAGGGCUGUAGGCUCCACAGAGUCUCCUCCUCCUGGGCUCAGGCCCAGGCAGAUGCCCUUCCUUGGAGCACACGGUGGCCACGGCGUCUCUGAGCCGGCUCUGGGUCUGUUUGGAAUCCGUGCUUUUUUUCCUGAGAUGAAUUGGGUUUCCCAUCUGGGGCACUGCACAGGGAGUGACCACCAGGCCAGAGUCACGGGGUGGCUCGGGCAGCACUGAGGGGCCAGUGCCGUCAGCAAGGCCCACCCAGCUCCUGGCUCCUUGGAGGGGAUUCGGAGGCGGCCUUGGUGCCCAGCCGUCCACUCACAGUGACAGGUAAAGGCUCAUUUUUAGAAGAGAAAAGCCUAGAAAUGGCUCAUGAAGGAGGUCAUAAACUAAGAUAUUCCACGGGAGGGCCGCGCCCGGCUCUGCCCUGCCGUCUGAAGAUGAAGGGUUUUCAGGAGAAAAUCUCUGAGACAGACUCGGAAUGGAUGUUUGUUCCUCCUGAUUCUCUUCCCUCGCGGGGCGACCUGCGGUCUGCAGCCUCGCCCCGCGGAGCCACCACGUGAAGGACGUGGUCUUCUGUGGAAUAAAGCCGCACAUAGAGACUUGAAGGC